UUUCACCUGUCAACCUCUGGUCUUUGUUAACUCACCAUGGCUACCCAAACAUACACUCAAAUCGAACUCUUGAGCGCCAAUGGCACGGUAUAUCGUCGUGUGUCCACGGCUCCUCCCAGACUGCCGACAGAUGAUGAGAUUCCAGUUGUUGAUUUAGCAACUAUUGAUGCCACCUGGGAAGAAAGAAAGGCGUUAGCGGCGAAGAUCAAAACUGCAUCCGAGAACACGGGCUUCUUUUACAUUCGCAACCAUGGGGUCCCAGAAGACCUGAUCCAAAGCGCCCUGUCACAGGCAAAGAUCUUCUUUGAACAACCUGUAAGCGACAAAAUGAAAAUCGACUUCCGCAAUUCCAAGGUCUCAGCCGGUUACCACCAGGUGGGAAGUACGCAGGUCAACCGUAAGGAGACUCGAGAUCUGAAGGAGACCUUUUCAAUGCGAUACGACCCGAGAAUGGACCCGUUCUGCUCCAACUUCAAGAACGGAUUAGAGAAGCACGAAGAUGCUCGCUAUGAUGGUGACUAUAUAUGGGUAGGAACUAGCCAUCUUCCAGAAUUUCGCGACGUAGCAGUUUCCCUCUGGCAGAGUCGCUUGGCAUUAUCUCGAAAACUGGUUCGCCUGUUUGCUCUCGCGCUUGGAGAACGAGAAGGUUACUUCGAUGAUGUCACGACCCAUCCCGGUGCAGAUGCACAAUAUAUCCACUAUCCUGGCGUCCCUGAUGUUGCAUCUGACUCGGAGAUUGAUGUCGGCAUCGGAUCCCACACCGACAUCCAGUGUUUUACUUUACUCUGGCAAGACAGAUCCGGCGGCUUGCAAGUAUUGUCUGCCCAAGAUGAGUGGCUCGAUGCUCGCCCAAUUGAGGGAACUCUUGUAGUCAAUAUCGGGGAUUUCCUUCAACGCUUAUCGAAUAAUCGAUUUAAAUCUACGGUCCAUAGGGUCUACAACCGCCAAGCAGAUUCACGCUACUCAAUGCCUUUCUUCUUUGGAUUCAACCCCGAGGCAGUCUGCCAGGUGGUUCCUUCCUGCGUGGACGAUGAUCAUCCACCUUUGUAUGAGCCGAUUUCAUGCGGCGAGUGGCACAAAGUGCGAUUGGCACGCUCUCAAGUCCAGAACAGAGCACAAUAAAGAUUGGAAGAUAUGGGUGAUGGUGAUAAUCUUUUGUUCUCGGGCCAAUAGCGCAAAGCUCUAUCUAGUUUUCAAGUUUUUACACGUUGAUUAUUCUGCUUAAUUUUCACAUACGACGCAAGAUUUAAGAUAGAUUUCAUGAUGGGCUCCUCGCACGUAGUUAGUGUACGUUGCAAUCGUUUCCGUCUUUCAACUCCUUAGAAAGUCCCGGCUUACGCUUUCGUCAAAGUCCUGGCAAAUUUUUGCUCUGAUUCAAUAGGUCGAGUUUGAUAUUUCCGAAAGCGGCUGAAGAAUAGUGAGUGAGUGGGUCCCAAACCAAUACUCGAUGCUUUUGAACUUCAAUU